AACCACUUUCUGGUACUCAUUUAUGUCAUCCCUUCCAUAUUUAGUUUGCAUGAUCCCUUCAUUGGUUCUGUAUAAGCCCAAUUGCUUUUGUCGGCAAACAAUUGCAACAUAUAUAGUUUGAAAUCUCCCGAAUAGCUUGGAUGAUUUGGAUAGUAAUUUUUGUAGUUUCUCUUACUUACCUGUGUCUAUGGAGACUCAAGAGAAAGGAAAAGAGAUUUCCGCCUGGUCCAAUGGGGUGGCCAAUUUUAGGGAGCCUUCACUUGUUAGGAGCAAAUCCUUACCGUGAUCUGCAUGAAUUAGCUAAAAAGUAUGGACCUAUCAUGUACUUACGUUUAGGUUUUGUUCCCACCAUUGUUGUUUCUUCACCACAGGCUGCUGAACUUUUUCUCAAGACCUAUGACCUUGUCUUUGCUAGUAGACCACCCCUUGAGGCUGCAAAGUACAUUGUUUGGGAGCAGAGGAACUUGGCCUUUGGUGAAUAUGGUUCUUACUGGCGCAACAUACGUAAGAUGUGCACGUUGGAAUUGUUAAGUCAAACCAAAAUUAACUCCUUCAGAUCCAUGAGGGAAGAGGAACUUGACUUGUUGAUCAAGCUUCUAGGAGAGGCAGCCAAUGAUGGAGUUGCUGUUGAUGUCAGUGCCAAGGUUGCAACACUCAGUGCAAACAUGUCUUGUAGAAUGAUUUUAGGAAAAAAGUACAUGGAUCAGGACUUAGAUGAGAAGGGGUUCAAGGCUGUGAUGCAAGAGGCUAUGUACUUGGCAGCAGCUCCUAACAUUGGUGAUUACAUUCCUUACAUCAGUAAACUUGACCUUCAAGGACUAAUCAAGCGUAUGAAGGUAUUGCGAAAAAUCUUUGAUGACUUCUUUGACAAAAUUAUUGAAGAGCAUAUUCAAUUGGAGAAGGGAGAAGACAAGGUGAAGGAUUUUGUGGAUGUCAUGUUAGGCUUUGUUGGUACUGAAGAAUCUGAGUACCGAACUGAACGCUCCAAUAUCAAAGCCAUAUUGCUGGAUAUGUUAUUGGGUUCAAUGGAUACUUCUGCUACAGCAAUUGAGUGGACACUUUCAGAGCUCUUAAGGAAUCCAAGAGUGAUGAAGAAAGUCCAAAUGGAAUUGAAAAAUGUGGUAGGUAUGAAGAGGAGGGUGGAGGAAUCAGACUUGGACAAGUUGGAGUAUUUGGACAUGGUCAUAAAGGAAAGUAUGAGACUUCAUCCGGUGGGACCUUUACUAAUACCACACUAUUCAAGAGAAGAUUGCAUGGUUGGAGAAUUUUUCAUUCCUAAAGAAGCAAGGGUGAUAGUAAAUGCAUGGGCAAUUAUGCGAGACCCCAGUGUUUGGGAUGAGGCAGAAAAGUUCUGGCCAGAGAGAUUUGAAGGAAGCAACAUAGAUAUGAGAGGACAUGACUUUCAAUUGAUACCAUUUGGAUCUGGCAGAAGAGGCUGUCCAGGAAUGCAAUUGGGAUUAACCGUGAUUCGUAUAACACUUGCUCAACUUGUACAUUGUUUUAAUUGGAAACUGCCAAAUGACAUGUUGCCAUAUGACUUAGACAUGACAGAAGAAUUCGGACUCACAAUGCCCAGAGCGAACCAUCUUGUUGCCAUUCCAACCUAUCGCCUUCACGAUGAAAGGGAUUAGGAUAAGAUACCAACAUUGUACUAGUACAUGUGUUCGGUGGGGUCGAUUAGGAUAUGAUUUCCAAGGGAAAAAAAUUUGUCCUUUCCCUUGUCUAUUAUCGUCGUCAGCAUUUGUUUGUCUGUGGAAAAAUUGUCUUUCUAGUGUAAUUCACGAAUUUCAAACUCAUGCUGGCCUGCAAUACUUGUGAUGGAUUGAUUUAUUUUUGUUGAACGGAAAGGAAAAGUAUACAAACACUGUUACGUCAUUUGUUAAUUA